CUUAAAGCUCAGCACUUUCCAUGUUGUAUUAAACUAUUUUCUGUUUCUUAUGCCGGAAAGAAAUCAUCACUUCGUGGCAGAAUAACUAUGAGAAUUAACCACUUGAUUAUGUUGAGGUUAUUUUUAUUUGAUAUUAUUGUUUUGCGGAGUUAAUUGUCCUCUAUAUUAAAAUGCCUGGGAAAAUUAACACAAAGACCAACUGCUAGAAAGCCAAAAUGUCUUAUAAAAUGAGUGUCUCGAGACUGCACUUUUGACGCAGCAGAUAUAAGGUCACUAGCAAAGUCGCACAUUUCGAGCUUUAAUCCCUCUCGUCUCUUGAUGGCCAACAUCACUAGUUUCGAUUCCACAAACAUAACUAGCAAACAUGAAGACACCACCGAAGGCGGCUCGUUUAAAAAUGAUCAUUAUGAAGUGGAUGUCGCUACUUUGAUAAUAAACAGCAUCGCUUGUCCUUUUACAGUUCUCCUUAAUAUGUUGGUGAUAAUGGCUGUCAAAAGAAGACGACGACUUCAGACCAAAAGCAACAUUUUGCUGGCCUGUCUAGCCGCAACUGACGCCUUAACUGGUCUAAUAACGCAACCAGCCUUUAUUCUCUGGAAAACGUUUGAGAUAACUGGUGCGCUCAACUACAACCCAGCACGCGUGAUCCACGGUUCGGCACUUCGCGCCCUUUCUGUUUCCUCCUGUCUUCAUCUUACGCUUGUGACUGCUGAGAGACUUGUAGCGAUCAAGUUUACAAUGAAUUACCUAUAUAUUGUAAGUGAAGAAAAAAUUAAGGUAGUAGUUAUCUUGUGUUGGGUCGUCUCUCUCGUUUGUGAGGUUCUCAAAUUUAUCAAACCAGUAAAGAAUUUUUCUUUCUUUUUCAUCGCCUUAACCAUAAGCUCUUGUAUCAUUUUUGUCACUUUUUCAUAUGUGCUGCUGUAUAUUGAAGGUAGACGUCAUCGAAAGCUAAUCAAGACCCAGCAGAUACCCCAAGAAGAAGUAGAGCAUUUCGCGAAAGAGAACAAAGCGUUGACGACAACUGUAUAUGUAGUUGGCGCUUUAGCAGUGUGUUUUUCGCCCAUAGCCUUAGCUUUUAUUACUUUCUUGCUGAAACGGCCUGAUAUUUUUCCACCACUAUGGGCCCGCACGUUUUCAAUGCUAAAUUCACUUUUAAAUCCGUUGAUUUACUGUUGGAGACAGAAAGAACUGCGGAAGUUUAUUUUUAAACUAAAAACACAGCAGGUCGUUCAUCCCCCUUGA